AUGGUAUACUCAACAACAAUUAACAACGCUAAAAAGAACACAGACUGGUCAGAGGUUGACCCAAAUACUUCCAAAGUCGGCAAAAUGGAUCCAGAGAAGCAAUCCCAGACCUCUUCCAUCUCUUCAAAGCAUGCUCACCCGCCUAUUGCUAAAACCAAUGGUCCCCCAGUCAUCAUUACAGUCAUCAGGGCUGCACAGUAUAUCUGGUCUGUCAUCGCCCUUGUCUUCAUCAGCUGUGCCAUCGACAGAAACAUUCUGGUCCCUGGUGUGUCAGCAGACGAAAAGGUUCUAGGCGCCUCAUCGGUCCUGGCGGUGAUAGUUGUGCUUUACCACUUCCUGAGCCCUUACAGAAAAGUCUCAGCAGCUGUGGUCGAUGGACUCCUAGCUGCUUUUCUGUUUGCGACAUUUAUCUACGGUGCUUAUAACGCUGGUCAACGACAGGGUGCAUGCCUCGGUCCGGACAAGAUGGGCAUCUGGGACAACACUCGAGGAUGCAAGCGCAUGACUAUUGCUGUCGGAUUCUCGGCCGUGAAUUUCGCUUCUUUUUCACUAUCAGCAGUUUUGGUUCUACUCCUCUGA